UUAUUACAUUAAUAGUGUCUUAAUAGUUUUAUGUUGAUAUUAUAUUUGCAAAGAAUACGAUUAAUAUAUCUUUUUUCAAUAGAAUAUACAAUAAAAAUUUCUAUAUCCUAUUUUUUUUUGUACCAUCGAAACUUUUUCACGGGUACGUAGGCUAAUUAUAAAAUUUAUUGCUAUUGAUCAGGAGGGAGUUUUAAUACUCUCUAAUUGCACCUAUGAUCCGACCUUUCCUAUCGAUGCUUUCAAUCCCCUUGACAAGAGUUCUAUGUCCAUCCACGCGUAUGCUACAUUUUAGCCACUACCCCUCGCCCUUUCGUUUUCUUCCCUUUGAAACAUUGUUUGGUACCUGUCACCCUACAGGUACAGGGUGUACCAAUACAUCUUGCUACACAUGCGUCGAAACGACAAUUCCGUGUUUCAUUCGAGCGCUCUUUGAGGCUUCUCUUUGAUCUAUAGAUUAUUGAAUGCUACACACCUGCGAGAAAUUACGUAGGCGAUUCUUCUUAUAUGUAGGUUAGGGUGUCUGUUAAUCUAUCGCUAUAACUAACAUCCGAUUCGCGGGUAUCACCGUUCGAUUAUGUUUCCUGCUUCUGCCUAUCAACGUAUACAAUAUAUUCUUCCCUUCACAAACGGGGAGGUAGCAGUAGUGGUGAUACAGUGGGAGUAGAGAGAGGUGAAGGAGUGAUUGCCAUGACUACGACAGGAGCCCAGUAUGCCCUCGCAGCAUCCACCAGAGCUAAUAACAGUGGGGGUAGCUCUACAACAGUGGGGGUGGAACCUAAGCCAAGCGUUGUUGUCGUGACUACUUCCAGCUCCAGUGGCAGUGGUAAUGCAGCACAGAGUCAGUCUACGAGGGGACAGCAACUUAUCACUGUUGUUACCAGUCCUGAUCCUUCCAGUCCAAAUAAUCUACAACCUAUACAGUUAUUGGUUCAGGAUCCGCUUGAAACAGCUGCAGACUCUUCCAACGGCUCAACAGGUACUCCAGCGCAUGUUACAGCACAGGUUGUAGUGAAUACUACCCAUUCUGGUCAGCAUACUCUUGUUGAUUCUGACGCUGCAUCCACGUCUGCUGGUACCAUUGUCAGUGGAUCUCCGCAUUUUAUUACAGUAACAGGCACCAGUGACUCACCAUCCUACGCGUCCCUCACAACGGCAGUAGUGUCUGGUGAACCGGAAGCGGUGGGGUCCGAGUCGGUUUCUCAUCCUACCUAUGUUCAAUAUGUUGAGGGGGAUGGUUCUACGUAUAUACCGACAAAUGGCCAGAUGACAUACCCUGUAUAUGCUGUUGGAGAAGCAGGAGCGAUGUAUACUCCUGCAUCCAGUCAGUACUACACACCAGCAACCACACCAGUAACUUACGCUCAGGUUACUGGUCAAGGUUCAAAUUCUACAACUGGACAAUUGUUAUCCCAGGGCAAUGGCACGUACCUUAUUCAACAGAGUGUUGUAGAUGGGGAUCCGACAGCACACGCGUUAAUAUCUGCAGCCGCUGCACGUGCUAGUCCGCAAACAGAAAAUGCGGAAACUGUGGUUAGCGGGGGUGGAGGGGCAUACUUGAUCAGCGGUAAUUCAGGAAGUACUGCUGUCACCGUGGAAGAUGCUGCAGCAGCAGCUGCAAAUAUGACGCAUGCCACUAGAGUUUCCCAAGCAACAGUUCAUUGGUUGCUUGAAAAUUAUGAAACAGCAGAUGGUGUUUCUCUUCCAAGAUCCACACUUUACAAUCAUUAUCUACGUCACUGUUCCGAAAAUAAGUUAGAUCCUGUAAAUGCCGCAAGUUUUGGGAAAUUAAUACGUUCCGUUUUUUUGGGUUUAAGAACCAGACGAUUGGGCACAAGGGGAAACUCAAAGUAUCAUUAUUAUGGAAUUCGUGUUAAACCCAGUUCUCCUUUAGUCAUGCUAAAUGAAGAUGGAACACCGCGUCAGCAACAUGGUACAAAUUCGCAAACGAAACGAUUCAAAUUCGUGAACCAAAAACAGGAUACUACAUAUGAGAACAAUGCGCAUUCUAAUACGAACAUUUCUUCGAACAAUUCGCCGCCACAAUAUCAUCAAUAUCUGGGUGAGGCGAGUGGUGCUAUUCCAGAAUUUCCAGAAAUAAUAGUCGGUCAUGGUUCGUCCCUUCCGGAAGAUUGCACGUUAGAGGAUAUUGAUACGUUUCGUAGUAUAUACAGAGAACAUUGUGAAGCCUUUUUAGAUGCUGUUCUCAACUUUGAGUUCGCUACUGUAGAAAGUCUUUGGAGAGAAUUUUGGCGUAGCCAGGACAAUAAUAAUGGUGAUGAAUGUGAGGAAGAAAAAUAUUUAUCAAAGACUAAGUUAUAUCAGAUGUGUAAAUGUUCAGAAGUUCAAGAUUUCAUAAGAAAAGUUGAUUAUACAUUUUAUCAAAAUUUAGUAGAAGUACUAAUGCCUAAUGUAUUGCGACCCAUACCGAGUUCAUUAACACAGUCUAUCAGAAAUUUUGCAAAAGGACUAGAAUCGUGGUUGACGUCAGCAAUGGCUGAUUGCCCUGAAGAAAUGACUCAAAUAAAGUUGACUGCUGUAUCUGCGUUUGCUCAGACACUAAGGCGUUAUACAUCGUUGAAUCACCUUGCUCAAGCUGCACGUGCAGUGCUUCAGAAUUCUAGUCAAAUAAAUCAAAUGCUAGCUGAUCUGAAUCGCGUUGAUUUUCAUAAUGUGCAAGAACAGGCUUCGUGGGUAUGCCAAUGCGAUUACGCAAUGGUACAACGUCUGGAAGCAGACUUUAAGGUAACAUUACAACAACAAAAUUCAUUGGAAGAUUGGGCAAUUUGGUUAAAGAGCGUUGUGACUCAAGUUCUUAAACCGUUCGAGGAAAAGCCAACAUUUGCAAAGGCCGCUCGACAAUUUUUGCUCAAAUGGUCCUUUUAUAGUUCCAUGGUUAUUCGUGACCUUACUUUAAGAAGCGCAGCAAGUUUCGGAUCUUUUCAUCUAAUUCGAUUAUUGUACGAUGAGUAUAUGUUUUAUUUGAUUGAGCAUCAAGUAGCAGUUGCCACAGGGACAACUCCAAUAGCAGUAAUGGGAGAUAAAAGUCAAAAUUGCUCUUUAGUUAGCGCGUUUGGGGCCACUUCUAAUGGAGAUGCGUCAAACACAAGUCAACCAAAGCGUAUGAAAUUAAGCUAACUGCGUGCCUACGUCUUUUAGUUUUGAAAAUAAGCCAGUAGCACCUGAGAAUGGAACGUUAGCACAAGAGCAUGCAGGCCUACUAACACACUAGUCCCAUAAAUUAUAAUUUUAUAUAAGAUGAGAUCUUAUUGUAUUAUGACUUGAACAAAGAAGAUUUUUGCAUAACGAACACCCAGGAUAUAUACAAUCUAAGUAAGUUUGUGUGAUAUAAUGUGUAGGAAUAUGUAAUGCAAUCUCGUUUCAUGCGAGUAUAUGAUGCAAGUGUAACGUAUCGCUGGCACGAUGUUUAGUACAUUAAUGUAUCAUCUAGUCGAAACAUCCUUGAAAUGUGUAUGGGACCAUGAAUUUAUCAUGCCCUUAUAGUAUUCAAUAUCGAAAGCUUACUCGACUAAAAGUUUCGUUUCCUUUGAAGCUUCCGAGCAUUCCGAAAAUUCUUAAACUUUACCACUAAUAACUUGAACUUCGUACUACCUAAUGUACUUUACUUUUUAGCAUGUUACAUGAAAAUUAAGUCGAGUGAGCUUAAAAUAACGAACAUCAGUUUGUGCAAAAGAAAAUAGUCGGAAAGAGAGCAUUUUUAACGGAGAAAAUUUUUUCUCCUAGAAUUCAUAUCGACGGAUUCUAUUUUGCACAAAUAAUUGAGUAACAUUUUACAAGAUCCGCCCUGUCGACGGUAUUGUCAAAAGAAAGAGUAAGAAAAGUAACUGUUCCUACUGGAGCAGAUUCAAAUUAGAUUACUAUAAUGGUAUAAUCGAUACCAGUUUUAAAAAUUUCCGACAUUCAUAUUUUUUAAUGCAAUUUAUUAAUUAUACAUCAAGCUGCGUAAAAAAGUUCUGUUGUAAGCCGUCUGUGUGUUAUACUCUAUAUAUAUUCUUUCAGUACUUUUAAACGAAUAGUACAAACAGCGAUGAGAAAAGUGGCGAAUGUAAUGGUAUAAUAUAAUCGUUUUGAUUUACUGAUAGAAUAUACAUUAUAGUUCUUACAUUAAAUGUAUAUAUAUGAAUGGUAUGACAGAGAAUUGCACAGUUGUUGAAAUUUAAUAUGAAAGAGAAAGAAGAACAUAAAAUUGCAAAUUGUAUCAGUGAAAACUGUGAGUGUCUUCAAACAUACUUCGCAUUUAUUACAUAAUUUUAAUAUAUUUAACUACAAAAGAUGAUUUGUAUUUGUAGACACUCAAGUAACUUAUCUAUGUAGUAAAAACUAACUAAAUUUUAAGUAUACAUUGUGAAUUUCAUGUUAUACCUUUUUGUUAUAUAUGUAUUAUUUUAUGAAAGCAUGUCGAAAUAUGUAAGUUGUUACAAAAGUUGAAAACACACAUACUUUUUUUUUUAUGUAUGAUUUAUUGUAUUUAUUUAUUUUAGCCUGAUGGCCUAGAAAUUGGAUUUCGUGUUACAUAAUGAUUUCAUCAUUUAUGAUUAUGAUUAGAUUUAAUUAUAUAUAUCACAGCCACUUCUUAAAUGUGGAAAUUAGCUGAAUUAAUGGAGAUAUACUAUAAUUAUUUAUGACUUACGAUAUGAUACCAAAAGACUUAUAUUCUAAUUUGAUAUGUUCAUUUCUAAGCAUUUUAGUGUACAUUGAGAGAAAGGGAGAGAGAGAAAGAGAGAGUAUAAUUUGUUGCACACUGUAGGUUCAUAAAAACUUAUAGCUAUUAUUAUGUUUUGUUUCCAUAAAAGUUUGAUAUUUCUAAAUAUUUCAUAUUUUAUGUCAUAUUAUACAUUUAUUUCAUAUAUUUAGUGACAUGAACAAAUAUAUACACACACUAUUAUAUACUUUGAGAGAAGUACAAAGUUUCAAUGAAAUUGAUGUGUACUAUUUGACAUAUUUUUUCAGUAACUUGCUUAUUAUGGUUAUUACCAAAUGUCAGAAAAUUACUCUAAUAAUUCCGUAUUUAUGAAACAAAAGUACUUUAUUUGAGAAACUUGCGCUGAAGUAAACUUCAAUUAAUGCUUGCACAUUUAUGGAAAUGAAUAUUGAAUAUAUUAAAAGAUUAUCUUUCAAAAUUAUUACUACCUGCAUGCGAGUUUACUCAAAUACAGAAUUGAUGAUGUAAACGUAUUUUUUAUUGCAAAACAUUACUAUAUAGAUUGUUUAAUUAGACUUUGUGAAAGCACGUUACGUAUUUUACAAGAAAUCGAGAAUUAUUAUGUAAAAAUAUACGAAUUGCUUGAUUUUCCAAGAGAAAUCCUGUCAGAACGUAUCUCGAAAUGUAGGAAAUGAGUAAUUGCAUAAAUGUUUAAAUCCAUUGUAGGAUGCUAUUUUUAUUCAAUAUUAAAUUGAAAGAUAGAAACUCCUAUGAACAAACUAAAUGUUUGGCAAAACUUGGUGCCUUUUAUUUCAUACAAGAAAGAAACGAACAUUUUUUUAUUGUACCUUGAUUAUAUAAAGAAUCGAGGCCAAACGACCAAGAUGAAUGAGACAGAUAGUUAUGCUCUUCCUUUAGGGCUUCUUUUAUAGCAUUUUAUUUUGUAAAAAAGAGUUAGGAAGUUUUUUCAACGUGAUGGAGUAGAAAAGAGAAUUAAAUGAAUGUAUGAGAGGAAAUGUAUGCAUUUUAUAAAAAUAUUGUAUCGAGCAAAAAAUCGCGGUUAUUUCUUUUAAAUUUAUUUAAACGACUUUUUUUGCAAAAAAAAAAGAUUUCUUCCAAAGUAAAAUUCACUUUGUUAAAAGUCAUAAUAAAGGGUACUAAAUACUGAUCAAAUUUAUUACAUUGCGAUGUUCGUAAAUAGUUUUAACGAGAAUAGGAUACAAAUAUAUAUAUGUAUAUUUAUUUAUUGUAUAAAAGUAUUGCAUAUAUACACUAGUCAAACUUUUUAUAGAUUUAAGUCGAGAACAGGGAUUGAGUAUCACACAGUAAAUUGACCAUUGGUUGCGCAUCAUAUUAUUUGUGUGCAAAAGGAAAGGAUAGAAUAUUUCCAUAACUAUAAUGAGCUUAUACAUGUAAAAAUUAAUGAUAUGUGUACUUAGCAUAAGAAUGGCUUUCUAAGAAAUUUCUAUAUUUCUUUUUUUGUCAAUAAGAAUUCAUGCAAUGAUGGCAAGUAUGAUUGAAUAUAGAAAUGUGUGUUAAACGAAUUCAUUUUCAAAAUGUAGCAUUUAAAAAUCAAAAUCAAAUAGAAAUGUCUUAUUAUAUUACACAAAAAUGAUACUAUUUAAAAAGAAAUGUUUUGCACGGUUCUGUAUUCAUUGAUACUUGCUUGUACUUUGUACUUCUUAGGUAGAAUCGCUGUUCGUAAGUUUCACAUAAUUAUCACAAAGUGCAAGCAAUUGUAGUCUUGUUGUUGAUGAUAAAAGAUCAAACUUAACACAGUUUCCUAUGUUGCGAAAGAAGACGGCCUUAAAUAAUUCCAAUUGUAAGACAGAAAAAAAGAUUUACUACGUUGUUAAGAGAUGAACACUGAGAACAAACGAAAAAGAAGAAAAUUAAGAGAUACUCUUGAGAGAGGAAAAGUAAAAGUAUCGUUUUCCUUAUAACUUAAAGAAAAUAUUUUGAUACCUCCAGAUUUGCACAAGUCGAGUGUCAUUUAUUACUGCUUAAAUAAGAUUAUUUUUACUGAAUGCAGCUCAAAACGAUAAACAAUUUAUAUAAAUUAUGUGAGGUGUAAGAAGCUCUAAGAACUGUGUGAAUGUGCGAAUCACAAAAAAUUGAAUAAUAAAUAUAUGUUUAAAACUUGUAAGAUUGCGUUUGUUAUCUAAUUUGUGAUGUUAUCAUAAGUCAUUUAGUUGACGAGUAUUUUUCAUUAAAAUAAUUCAUUGAGAGACAUUUAAAAGA